AACAUAAGUAAAAAAACAAGGAAAAAGGAAAAAAGAAGUGUAGAAUAUCAAGGAUAGAGAAGUCAGCUAUCUAGGUGGAAGCAUUAUGUCUUGUUUUAAGCAAACAAGCAGGAAUCUGAAUUUCUGUUUGUUCCAACGGUCAGUCAUUUUUUGGGACCAAAGGUUUUCUUCGUAAUUUUCAGCCCGCCCCUUCAUUCCUUUCUCGCCUAUCCUUCUCCAAUUGGUUGAAUAAUUAAAUCAUGAUGGUGGUACUGAUGAUGGUGAUUUUCAUCUUUUAAUCUCCUCAAUUUCUCUGUUAAUCCAUAGGGUCUAUUGUCUAAUACUGGAUUUGCUGAUAUAGAAUUGAGAAAGGGUGAAUUUUUUUAUAUAUGUGGUGAGUGAUUGACAUAAAAUGGCCCCAAAUAGGCUUAAUGGAUAUAGAAGAUUCAUAUAACUGACCCCAAUUAGUUUUGGAUUGAGGAGGAAUUAUUGUUGUUGUUUUGUUUAGUGAUUGAUAAGUGCUCAUUGGUUUGGUUCACUGGAAAUGUAAUGUGAUUUGGGAAGUUGAUUCUUUUUUGUGGCAAUGGCUGCAAGAGGGAUUUCACCUGGUAAACAGAGAAAUCCGCGGGGAUUUAUGAUAGUCUUGUCUUCUGCGGCUUGUGAAUGGUUCUUGAUGUUUAUGUUAUUUCUGGAUGCGGCAUUGUCAUACUUGAUCACCAAAUUUGCCUGUUACUAUGAGUUGCAGACGCCGUGUAUGUUGUGCUCACGGUUUGAUAACAUAUUUGGGGACAAGAAAACUGGAUGUUACAGGAGACUUCUGUGCAGAAACCAUAAAGAGGAGAUAUCAUUUCAAGUGUUUUGUCAUGUUCAUGGUAAUCUUGCUGAUGUUCGUGCUAUGUGUGAAGAAUGCCUUGUAUCGUUUGCUACUGAAAACAUACUUGUUAAAGAGUCGGAUAAUUUGAUGAUGGCUAAACUGGGGAAUAAGAGUUUUAUACCUAGUUCUCCUGGCCCGUGGAGCUGUUCUUGUUGUCAGAAGACGUGGAGAGCUCGAUCUAGUGCUCAAAGAUUGCUCCAACUAACUUCAGUUGGUUUUGGAGCUUCUAAGGCCAAUGUCAAACCUCCUCUGCCACGAGCACCAGGUCGUAGCCGCUUCAGCCGCCGUGAUAGCUUUAAGAAAAUCAGGGAUAAAAUUUCUGGGCCAGACUCACCUAGGGCAAGGACUGCUGGUGUUGACCCUUUAUCACAUGUAGGAUAUACAGAGCUGAAGAUUACUUCAGAUUCUGAGUCUGAAAUCCAGAUUUCUGAUGAUGAUGACGGAUGUUCUGCUACUCGCUGUAAAAAUGAUUCUAGAUCAGAAGAUAAUGUUCGAAGUGGCAAAGGAAUAACACAGAAAAUAGGAACUGAGGCUGCGACUCCAGAGAAUCAGGCUCGACAAUCAUCUGAAUCCAGGCCUUCUCUUCUGGAUCAGCCAAUGCAGUUGGCCGCCAGCUCGGGCAAAAAUGUGUGUUUUCAGGCAUGUGAUGAUUUCGUAGGGCAUGGCUUAGCAGAACUUGAUUGGGAAAAUCUUUCUCCUAAGGCCAGUCCUUCGGUAGUGCCAGAGCUCAUUUCAUUAGAUAAUAUCACCCAGUCGCCCAACAUUUUAGAAAAUCAUCACACAUCAGGAGUGAUUUCACAGCCGAACAUUUUUCUUCCUCGUAUCUCAGAUCUCUUUGUACUGUCGGAGCUCAUAUCAGCAACUAAUUUACCUUCUUCGUCCAGUAUUAACACCCAAGAGACAAAUUUGACUGAAGCAACUGAUGAAGGAAACAACUUAACUGUGAAGAAUAAUGCGAAAGCUCCAGUUGAUUUAGAUGACAGUGCUCCAUCUAUACCAAACCAAAUUCAAGCCGAUAUAUCUUCUCUGAGCUACAGAGAGAGAAAAGUAUCAGAUAGGCUUGGAGAACCAAGUGCAAUAAGUGAUGCUGGAAAAGCUGGAGAAGGUAUGAAGUCACUCCCCCAACUUUCUACUUCUGAGAUGGAUGAAAUUCAAACUGCAAGUCAUAGGAAUUAUGAUCAUGGCGAUGACCACCAAAGAAGUGAUGCCUCUAGCUCCGACGGGGUACGUCUGCAUCAAAAAUCAACCUUCGUGGAGAGAGAUGAUUCUGGUAAUGAACCGGCAGGUGGAUUCAGCAUCAAUGAAAUUGAGGGCGAAAGUAUUGUUGAUAGGUUGAAACGACAAGUUGAACAUGAUCAGAGAUGCAUAAAUGCUCUGUACAAGGAACUGGAGGAAGAAAGAAGUGCUUCAGCCAUUGCUGCAAAUCAGGCAAUGGCUAUGAUCACAAGGUUGCAAGAGGAGAAGGCAUCACUUCAUAUGGAGGCUUUGCAAUAUUUAAGAAUGAUGGAAGAACAAGCUGAGUAUGAUAUGGAGGCACUAGAAAGAGCUAACGAUCUCCUUGCUGAAAGGGAGAAAGAGUUGCAAGAUCUGGAAGCAGAAUUAGAAUUAUUUAGGAAUAAUUAUACAGAUGAAUUAGCGGCAGAGGAUCCAGGCAAGGAGGAUAAAAACCAGAAAGGGGAAAAAGUAAUGACUGAGAAUAAUAGUCUAGAUCAUAUUGAGAACAAGCUCAGUGGCAGUUCAGAUUCGAAAACUAUUAAAAUAUCCAAAAACUGUGAUAAAUCUAGAGAGUUUAACGAUUCAAUAUGUAACUUCGAGGAUGAAAAGUUCCGCAUUUCACAACAUCUGAAGAACUUGGAGAAAAAGCUUUUUCAAGUUUCUGGCAGACAGGUCUCAGAUAAUGUUCCUUAUAAUGGAUAUUCAGAAAGGAUAGAGAAAGAUGUUGAUGAUCAUGUCAAGAAAAAAACUGCUGAUAUGAGAAGUACUAAUUCCCAACAGGAGGAGAGUUCUUCAUCCACGCACAAUGAUUUUCCAAAAUCAAAUGGAGGCUCCACUGACAAGCCUGCCGAUAUAGGCAAUGGUAUUGUUAGUGAAGAUAAGAAUAAUUUGGACAUUAAGCAUAAAAAAGUUUCCUCUCUUGGAGGUGAAAUUGAUGUAGCUGCUAUGGGGAAUGAAAUUUCAGAGCUUAAUGGGAGGUUACAAGCACUUGAGAAUGACUGUAAUUUCCUCAUGCAUGCUUUUAACUCGCUCCAGAAUGGACAUGAGGGGAUACAGUUUAUUCAGGAAAUAGCUCAUCGGCUGCAAGAAAUACGGAAAAUUGAGAUUAAGACGAGAUGACUUUUUUGAAGUUUCAAGUAAUACAAGAUUCUGCUGCUGAGCUUUUCGUGCCAGAAGAGAGAAGCUGCAGAGAGGUGCAUCAUUAUUUACAGCUCAUAGUAGGAAAGGAGAAGCCAAACUGCAGAUAACCAACCGGAAAAAAGGAAGCAGACAAAUAUACAGCGUGCCACUUCUCCUCUGUUCUUUGCAAAGAAAUAGUUUUCAUGAUCGCGAACUGGUCUGAGGUUCUGGUUUUCAGGUCUCUUCUCCUCUUAAAUUGGUUUUGAUUAAAAAAGUUACAGAUUGUCUUUUCUUUUUUGUUUCCUUUUCCUCUUUUUGGUCCUUUUUCACAAUUUUGUUAGUCGUAAAUGUGACUGAAUGGUGGGGUUUUGGUGUAAGUUUUGUAUAUUUUGCUCAAGGUUGGGCUUUGUUACCAGGUUUUACAAGUGUAAAUGCAGAUAGGCUCUUCAGGGACUUCCUAAUUUGCUUCUUGUGUUGACAACCUCUCUGUUGUUUUUCUUUUCUUUUUCUGUUCUUGUUUCUUCACUUCCUUUCAGUUUCUUUUAUCUUCUGUAUGUGCAAGAUGAAAUGCAGAGUCUCCCUCCCAUUCUUAUUUCUA